GAAACUUCAAGUAGCUUAUAAUGAUGCCAUGAGAAUAUUGCUGAAGAGACCUCGAUGGUCUAGUGCAAGUGAAAUGUUUGUGGCUGCAGGAGUCAAUACUCUACAAGCUGUUUUAAGAAAUCUUAUGUAUAAAUGUAUUUGCCGGCUUAAUGACUCUGAUAAUGAAAUCCUCUUGGCCUUAUCGAACAUAAGGUUUAGUACUACACGCUACCAAUCUCAGCUGUGGAGACAUUGGUAUAGUUGUCUCUUUGUAGGACACUGAUUUAAAGUAUUCUUAAACUAUGAAUUCUUUUUAUGCUGUGUAUGUAAUUUAUUAUAUGUAAUGCCUUGUCUUUUAUCUAUGUAAUGUCUUUUAUCUGGACCCUGAGUCUGUAAUAAAGUUUUCAUUCAUUCAUUAUACCUUCAAGUCAACCUGAUCACUCAAAGAAAGGUGUAAUUAUUUAUAUACAUUUGAAAAGAGAGGAAAAACUGGUUUUCCUGCACACAUUAACCAAUCACAAGGCUGUGUUGGAACACACCCACUAUUGUUCGCUAUCAUUUAAUGUGCGUAAAGCGGCUAUAGCUUCACAGAGCUGAGGAUCACCAAACAGCAGAGAUGACUCGCAUCAACAGAGAGAGGUCGAAAGACAUUCGUCUGAUGAGGGAACAUGGAAAAUCCACUCGGGAGAUCCAGCAGCAUUUCGUCAGCCUGGAUAUCAACAUUUCCCUGAGCACUCUGCGGAACCAUUUCAGGGAGAAACCAGCGCGCCGCACCGGGCCGCGCAAACUGCACCGUAAGAUCCUGGCGGCUAUUGAUGACCACACAAACAACACGUUGAGUCCAAAGGAUCUGCAGCACCUCAUUAAAGCAGAUUUUGGAGUUCUCCUCGGCCUGAGCACUAUGCAUGGCCCGCAGGAAGCUGGGCUGGAAAUAUGAGAAGAGGGGCUUCGCCUCGAGGACAAGAGAUGAAAGCCAAGAAGAAAGACGAAUGCAAGAGCUUCAAAGGAGCGAAUGUGAGGAGAUGUUGCAGGAUGAGACAACAGAAGAUGAGGACCAAUCUGUUGUCAACAGUGCCAUAAAGCUCGAAGCAAACAAUAGAAGAAGGGGGGCAUCCAUGUUUUACAAGCGUAGACGACGUCUUGCAACACAGGCUUCCAUAGGGAUUGCAAUCCGUGCAAUGCAGAGGUCCUGCCCGUACCCCCCCCCCGACAGCUCAGAGAUCUGUGAGCUGAAGAGACGUCUGAGUGGCACAGAGCAGCAGGUUGCAUUCCUGAUGUCUUCUCUGGAGGAGAUGAGCUCCUCGCUGGAAGCCCAGACACGGAAUCUUCAGGAGCUCCAGGAUCAGUGCAGGCUGAAACAAACCCCCCCAGCACCCCAGCAGCUGGACCCCAGUACCCUCACCAGGAGGAAGCUGUUCAUGGUCAACACAGAAGAACCUCCACCUUUAGAGCCAGCGGCAUCCAAGCCUGCUGCCCUAGCUAGCUUCGUCGCUACUACAACAGUGCCAGGUCCCACGCGAGUCCCAGUUUCCACACCAGUUCCAGUAUCCACACUAGUCCAAGGUCCCAAACCAGUCCGAGGUUCCUUGCCAGAUGUGAAAAUCAGAACCGUUUCUCAAGCGCGCGAGGAGAUACUAUACAGGAACUGUGUUGUGAAAGGGGAAGCUCGUCCUGAGGGGUAUGCUGCUCAGCUGUUCAUGGCUCUGACUCCAUUUGAGGCCUACAAGAGCUGGGCCAAAAAGACAAACUGGAGCGGGUCCAACGGGAAGAUGGCCAUCCCUCACUCUGUGAAGCAGAAGCUCGAGUUCUAUGUGUACCAGAGGUUUCCAAUACUGUCAGGGGAUCAGUGGCACAGGAUCAGGAACAAGAUCAACGAGAGACUGAGGAGCCCCCGAAAAGUUGACCCAGAGGCCAAACGUCUUGGUUUUGGUCAUUUCUAAAGCGCUUUUACAACCCCUUAAAGUACUUUUACAUUUACAAGGCUGCCAUACAAGGUGCUCAUAUUGACCAAGCUUCCCACACUCACUUUUAUAAAUUGGCCAACCUAUGUGGAACAAUCUGGGGUUAAAUACACCCACAUGUUAACUACAAGGGGGGGUAGGUGUUUGAACCACUAAUUUUUCGAUUGGAGGACGUUCAACCCAAAUAAACCUCUGUAACUAAUGUUUGUACACUGUGUGUAAUAAAGUGU